AUUCUAUGAAAGCUCCCUGGCUGCGGAGUUGCUUUGACUUUUUUUUUCCUUGAAUGCAGCGUGUGGCAGUGAAGAAACUGAGAAACCUCGGAGUCCAUCCCAACGCUGCGCAGCCCCCGCUGCAGAGCCAAGAGUGGGCUCUCUCCCGAGCUCCGGCCUUGGCUCCUUCUCUCCGCAGGCAGCCGCGAACCCCCUGAAUUAAUCUGCAUAUUCACAUGAUCGCAGCUGACCCGCGGCCGGGGCUCGGGGCGGCAGUUCCUCAAGUACCCUUGUCCCGCCGGGAGCAGCAGUAAGUGUGGACGUCUGUGUAAGUGUGAGAGCAUCAUGGUGGCAUUUAAAGGAGUGUGGACUCAGCCCUUCUGGAAAGCUGUUUCGGCAGAAUUUUUGGCCAUGCUCAUUUUCGUCCUCCUCAGCCUUGGCUCCACGAUUAACUGGGGUGGAGCAGAGAACCCCCUGCCUAUAGACAUGGUCCUCAUCUCCCUCUGUUUUGGACUCAGCAUUGCAACCAUGGUGCAGUGCUUUGGACACAUCAGCGGGGGCCACGUUAACCCUGCUGUGACCGUGGCCAUGGUCUGCACGAGGAAGAUCAGCCUCGCCAAGUCAGUCUUCUACAUUCUUGCCCAGUGCCUGGGAGCCAUCGUGGGCGCAGGCAUCCUUUACCUUGUCACACCACCAAGUGUGGUGGGAGGCCUGGGAGUCACUGCGGUACACAAGGAUCUUUCCGCUGGCCAUGGACUCCUGGUGGAAUUGAUAAUUACAUUCCAGCUGGUUUUUACUAUUUUUGCCAGCUGUGAUUCAAAACGAAGUGAUGUCACUGGUUCAGUAGCUUUAGCAAUUGGCUUUUCUGUUGCAAUUGGACAUUUAUUUGCUAUCAAUUACACCGGUGCCAGUAUGAACCCUGCUCGAUCAUUUGGACCUGCUGUCAUUAUGGGGAGAUGGGAAAACCAAUGGGUAUAUUGGGUGGGACCAAUAAUAGGAGCAGUCCUUGCUGGUGCUCUUUAUGAGUAUGUCUAUUGCCCAGACGUUGAACUCAAGCGCCGUUUUAAAGACGUCUUCAGCAAGGCUACCCAGCCUUCCAAAGGGAAGUAUAUCGAGGUGGACGACAGCAGGAGCCAUGUGGAGACCGAUGACCUCAUCCUGAAGCCUGGCAUAGUUCACGUGAUUGAUAUCGACAGGGGUGAGGACAAGAAGGGAAGAGAUCCAUCCAGUGAAGUGUUGUCUUCUGUAUGACUAGCAAGAAGCACUGAAAGCAGAGAGCAGCCUGUUAGCCUAUCCACAGAUAUCCUUCCACCCAUUAAAGAAACAGAUCUCCUCUAAACUGAGCAUCUACCAUUUUUUUACAGGUAUGGUGCUGGCAGCUGUGUGGUAGUGGUGUCACCAAACCAUAUGCCUGUUCAGUUGAAAUAUUAGGACUUUGAUAUAAUUAGGAUUCCCUGUCUAGUAUUCCAAAUUAAGAGUUGCUCCUACUGUUCUCCUUUUCUCUUUUUUCUGGAACAAUCCCAAAGUCAAACAAAAGAGAUUAAAGCAUUCUCCUUUAAUAAAUCAGUCAAUAAUGAGACAAAGAUAGAGAUGUUUAACAUUCAGAUUGACAGUUAAGAUGUAUCAGGAAAUGCCUAUAGACAUGAAGACCUACUUAUCAGAUUGUUCUUCUGACACUUAAUUGACUCUUGUCAGCUCCAAUUAGAACAUCUUAUCCAUUAGGUACUCUCUGCAAAGUUCAGGGACAGCACCAACAGUAUUUAAGAGUUUUAUCCACAGUCAAGGGAAGGAACGUUGUAUCCACUCACAUACACCCUUACUGCCUUGCAAACAACUUCUGAAAAAAUGAUAAUGUAAUACAUUUUUUAAAAAAUUAAUUCUAUCAAGCCAUCCAGUUUGACUCCUGAUUUGCAGUAUAAAUCCUUCAUCUCUUCCUGGAAGUAAAUACACUGAAGUUGAAUGUUGGAGUCGACUGUAAUAAGGCUGCAAAGCACUCGACUGUACUUCAUGCUCCCUCUUGUCAUUGUCUAUCUGGUGAAACAUUCUCCUGGGGUUUGACUAUUGACUAUUUAGUGUUAGCAGGCUUUCAAGGUCAUGCGAAGAAUAUAAAGGCUUUCCUGUUACUUAAUAACUCAAAUAAGAGAUAUCAGAAGAAAAGAAGGCGUAUCUGUUUUCAGUGCACUUAUUCAAACACACAUUUCUGUGCUAAUUUAUGUAAACUAAAGGUUUAAAUUACUUACCUACUUUCUUACAAGAUGGUUGGAGGUAUGGGGUUUUUAAUUUAUUAGUAAUGUAGAGGGUUUUUAACUUCUAACUGUAUUGAAACACUGAUUGGGAAAUAUUUUUUUAUAACAGAUGAUAAAAAUUUGACAGCUUCUGGCUUUUUGUUGUAACUGAUGCCUAACUGUUUGAACAGGAGCCAUGCUUUUUUGCUGUGUUCAUGUUGUCUUAAUUACACCCCUGGCAAAGGAUUCUUUAUCUGUUGUUAGGAAAAGAUACAAACACUUGCAGUGUUCUUUAGGGGGAAAGGGACAUGAAAUAUGUUCAGUAAUCUGUCUUCCCCCUUUACUGAAGUAUUUUGACCGACAUAAUCACCCCAGCAGAACAUGUCUGUAAAGCUGUUACUGGCUUACUGCUUUUGUUUCUGAUCAGUGGCUUUGAGUUUUACAAUAUGCAGCUGCAGAGCAGUCAGGAUCAUGGUGUUAUUACUGUAAUUAUACAGUUUUUAUUUUUAAACUGAAAAGCUACUCCUGCCUGUUUAGCAAUAAGAGGGGGGGGAAAAGCAUUAGUCCCAACUGUGGGCUGUAAUAGCCUUGUCUGUUGUUUGACAUACUCUACAUGCAAUCUUUACCACAGGGAAUUGUAUGUUUCUAAUGAGAUAAUAAACCACUGCUACCCUCAGAUCUGUGCACUGUGAUCCAAGGGCAAUUCUGCUAUCCCAACUUGAAGUACUAUAUAGUCCCAGCAUGCUUUGCCAUGCUCAUUUUCCUAGUUUCACACUUUUCUUGUCUGAAAAACUGUUAGUGUGGUGCAAGCUCCCUGCAUUGAGCAUGAGAUUGAUGACUCCUUUGUGCAUUUGCAGUUGUGCUGUGAUCUCUCCCUUAUUCUACCCAGACAGAGCAUGUAGCCCCCGCGGGGGCAGGACAGGGCUUCCUUGGAUGACCCAACAGCAGCCUCACUCCCACCACGUGAGCACUCCUGCCAGACCUUUUGCAUCAUCACAGCAGAGGCUUCCUGUGGGGUCUGGUAAAACAGUUAGUAUUUGUCCUUAUCUGUGCUUCAACAUAGGGACAGCAUCACGCUUCAAGGGUGCGAGCAUGGUUAGGGACCUGCAAUGGACAAUGUCAAAUUACAGAUAAGAGGUCCUUCCCACAGAAAGGACUAAGUCUCCUGGGGAAGGGCAGCACAGGUAGGGUGUUUAGGCUCCUGCAUACCUCUGCUCAGAUGGAUAAAUAACAUGCUAAAUAGAUUCUAUGAGAAAGAUCAAAACUUGCGGGUUUGGAGGGUUUUUUUCAUCUAGGCAUUUGCUCUGGCUGUUUGGUUUUUUCUUUUCAAAUGCUGUACUUGUUAAAGGGACACUUUGAUUAAACCUUUUGCAUGGCUUAAACAGGUAAAGAAAAGAGUAAUACACAUAGCACUGGUAGAUUUUUAAGAUUUGCCUUUUUGUGUUUUAAGACACUCCUUAGACACUCCUGUGAAUUUUGCAUGGUACUGUGUUAUUUCAAUAAGAAGCUGUGACUUUUUUUAUGCUUAAGGGCCCUUUAUACAAAUGGCUUGAUGCAUAUUUUCCUCCUCCAGCCUGAUUCUGCUGCUGAGGUGAGCAUGACAUGCACAGAGCACCAGCCACCUCAGUUAGGAGGACUUUUUCCUUGAAAUAAUGUCUGUUAAUGAAGUGUGGCAACCACUCAGAACCAGUCCCAGGAGAACUCACUCAGAGAGUGAGACAAGAUACUGAGGCUUCUGAAAAUACAUGGGGAAAGAAGGGAAGCUAAGAUAAAGAGACCACUUCACAGUAAAGGAUAUUUCCCUACCACUGGACAUUAGUAAGAAAGCAAAGUAUGCUAGAUCUGCUCCUACUCCCACAGAAUGAGGCUUAUGGAAGAGUUUGUCAUUGACUACGGCAGAAAUAAUCCUGAGCUUUCUCAGGGCCUGAUGGCUUCUCUCAUGCAAUUGGCUGUGUUGUUCCAAAAUCAAGAGUCUUUCAGUGAGAUACUUAUUUCUGGAGGGAGACUCAAUUGAGUUGAGUUUUAUGACUCACCUUAAAGUAAAUCCUUAGGAGUGGCUGUUGUCACAGAUGGUUCUGCCCCAUUGCAGGAGAUCAGCACUAAUGUAAAGGAGCAUCACUCUUCAGCAUCCCUUUGGACUUGAUUUAGCCUUGGCUUGCAGGGAUAUGUUCUUCUCUAAGUUGUUUUGCAGUGGUAUCCCUGUGCAAUAGUCACAUUUGGUUGAAUAAUACACUAGUGUGACCUUUUUAUCGACUGGAAAUAUGUCUGCCUUGGUAUGAUUUUUAAAACAUACCCUUUAAUACUGAGAUGUAUGUUCUAAAGGCCUUUAGCUCUAAAUUGCACCUCAUAACAUAACUUGGUGUACUGUUAAAGUAUUUUUUGUUUGGGGUCGGAAAUGGUAAAUGUCUUUUGUUUAUGGUGGUGGAUGGAUAUCACAGGAAGUCUAUCAGGCACAUUAUCAUUCUGGAGUCCUAAAAAAACCCGUGAAUGAGUCUCUCACUCCUCCAUGAUGGCACAAUUGCUUCCAGUGCUGUAUUUGCACUCAAACAAACACAUUCAAAAUACGUAAUUACUGGAUUUUAGAAAAGAAAGGAUGGAAGGAAGCUCAGGGUGGUUACACUGAGGCACACAGAUACCUUUUGAGUUGUACAGGCUCUGAGGAAUUUAUCAGACAAAUUCUAACUAUUCUCAGGAAAAUAAAAUUAAAAAAAAAAAAAAAAAAAAAGGAAUCCUGCAGCCUAUGAGUUGUUACAAGCCUGUUAAAAUAUUUAGGAGCUGUGUAUUUCAUUCAUUCAGUGGAAGCAGGAGCAAGACUCAUCUCCCAGUGUUUAGGCAUGUCACAUGUAUUUGCAUAUGAGCUUUUCAAAAUGUGUUUAAUUCCUGAUUAUUGAUAACUGUCACACUAUCUGCUUAGAAAGCUAGAUGGCCUUCAAUUUUCCACCUUUCUAGUACUUGGUGGCAGAGCAGUCAGUGCUGUGUUCUGCAACAUUUUAUCUGCAGUCUAUGUAACGCAUUCAGGAUAUUAUACACCACCCAAUAUUUUUAAUAUAAAUAAAAUAUGUGAGCAUUGACAAUGUGAAUCUUUCUUUCCAACGUGAGAGAUGAAAACACCAUGCACAAUUUUUUGUAUCUCAAAUCAACCUGUGUAUAUCUGAGUUUCUCAAGGACUUUCUGAAUAGAUAAGAUGAAAAUAUAGACUGAACUUUGUUACCCACUUGCAUGAUCUAAGUCACCCGGUUGCAGUCUAUAAUUUAGAACAAAUGAGAUAAAGAAAACUAUGUAGAUGGAUUUUUCCACAAGACUGGUUAUUGUUGAAAUGCUUAGUCACUGUGAUAUCAGAACUAAUGUUAGAGAACUUAAAAUUUCCAGAUGUAACAUUUGGAAUAAGCUACUGGAAAAUACACUAUAAAAUAAUACAUGAUUACCUGGUUCCCACUUGUAUUCUACUGUAUCUCACACUAGUGUUGGAAAUAAAUUACCUGUUUAAAAAAAAAAUAAAAAAGGGCAUCUUGUGAUCA